CCAGAGAGCCUGCGAAUAGGAUUGCAGGUCCCUGGGCGGGGCUUCGAAGUCAGGGUGGGGUCUCGUGGCUCCGAUGGACACGAUGAGGCGAGUGGUCCGACAGAGCAAGUUUCGGCAUGUAUUUGGACAAGCGGUGAAAAACGACCAGUGCUACGAUGACAUCCGGGUUUCUCGUGUGACCUGGGACAGUUCUUUCUGCGCUGUCAACCCCAGAUUUGUCGCCAUCAUCAUAGAAGCGAGCGGGGGAGGAGCGUUCCUUGUGCUCCCUUUGCACAAGACUGGUCGAAUUGACAAGUCCUACCCCACCGUGUGCGGCCACACAGGACCCGUGCUGGACAUAGACUGGUGCCCACAUAACGACCAGGUCAUUGCCAGCGGUUCCGAGGACUGCACGGUUAUGGUCUGGCAGAUCCCAGAAAAUGGACUCACCCUCUCCCUGACGGAACCGGUAGUAAUCUUAGAAGGCCACUCGAAGAGAGUUGGCAUCGUGGCCUGGCACCCGACGGCCCGCAACGUGCUUCUCAGUGCAGGCUGUGAUAAUGCCAUCAUCAUCUGGAACGUGGGGACAGGGGAAGCCCUUAUCAAUUUGGAUGAUAUGCAUUCAGACAUGAUUUACAAUGUCAGCUGGAACCGGAAUGGCAGCCUGAUCUGCACAGCUUCCAAAGACAAGAAAGUGAGAGUAAUUGAUCCCCGGAAACAGGAGAUUGUCGCGGAGAAGGAGAAAGCACACGAAGGAGCAAGACCCAUGAGAGCCAUCUUCCUGGCCGACGGCAAUGUCUUCACCACUGGUUUCAGCCGCAUGAGUGAGCGGCAGCUGGCCCUCUGGAACCCGAGAAAUAUGCAGGAGCCAAUUGCUCUUCAUGAAAUGGACACUAGCAAUGGGGUGUUGCUGCCUUUCUAUGAUCCCGACACCAGUAUCAUUUACUUAUGUGGGAAGGGUGACAGCAGUAUCCGCUACUUUGAGAUCACGGAUGAAUCCCCGUAUGUCCACUACCUCAACACGUUCAGCAGCAAGGAACCUCAGAGAGGGAUGGGAUACAUGCCCAAGCGGGGGCUCGAUGUUAACAAAUGUGAGAUCGCCAGAUUCUUCAAGCUUCAUGAGCGAAAGUGUGAGCCUAUUAUCAUGACUGUGCCCAGGAAGUCUGACCUUUUUCAAGAUGACCUGUAUCCUGACACGGCGGGGCCAGAAGCCGCACUGGAGGCAGAAGAGUGGUUUGAAGGGAAGAAUGCAGAUCCGAUCCUCAUCUCCUUGAAGCACGGAUACAUUCCAGGCAAAAACAGGGACCUCAAGGUGGUCAAGAAGAACAUUCUGGAUAGCAAGCCUGCUGCAAACAAGAAGUGCGACCUGGUCAGCGUCCCCAAGAAGACCACAGACACGGCCAGUGUGCAAAAUGAAGCCAAGCUGGAUGAGAUUUUGAAAGAGAUCAAAUCUAUAAAAGACACAAUCUGCAAUCAAGAUGAACGUAUUUCCAAGUUAGAACAGCAGAUGGCGAAGAUCGCGGCCUGAAGGUCCCACCCCACCCCUCCGAAAAAUGGGAGCAAGAACUUGCGCUUGGGAGCUGGUUGUUGGCGUGGUCCUGGGGAGGGCGGAAAAGGGAGGCACUGCCAUUUUGGAGACAUUCCAUUUCAGGUUUGUCAGCCAGCGAUAGGCCGCAUUCCAGUAACGGCCCAAUUGGUCUCCCAAAUUUGCAGAAACAAAAACGCGUUUAAAAGCUGAGCUUUGAAUCAGAAAGCUUUUUUGAUGUUUUAAGUGUUAUGUGACUUGUUGAACUUUUAAAAAGACAAAAGUGCUUUUAAAAAUCCCAGAUAUUCUGAAUUUUAGAAAACAGACCAAUUCUGAUUCAGUGUCAUGCCCGAGAACCUUUUUUUUUAAAAAAAAAAACAAAACAAAACAAAUAGGGACCAAUGCCACAUUGCUUUUUUAUAUUUCUUUUUUAAUGUUGCCAAAACCAAAAGUAGCUUUUUUUUCUUUGUAUUUUGCUACUUUGCAGUAUUUUGUGUGUGGUAUUUUUUUUUUUCCAUUAAUUUGAAAGGGACAGCACUGUGUAUGUUUAUAAACUAAAUGAAGAUAAGAUAUUAUUUUGUAUAAACAUUCAUCCGAGAACAAUCAGAGUGGUAGCCCCACGGUGCUGGCUCCUCCGCAGCACACACCUGGUCAUCUUAAUGACUGUAUAAAUGGAAGACUUGAAAAAUCACGUGGAUUCGUACCCACCACCCCUCUCGUUUCUUUGAGUCUUCUGAUCAAAAAAAGCUCACACCGUAUCUCCUUUCUUUUCUUUCUCUUUUCUAGAAAUCAGGUGGUUGUACCAGAAUGGAAUUUUGCUUCUUGGUUAUUCUGUGCUUCCGAUGAUUACACUCUAACCCAAACUAGCACGUGUUGCUGCGGUUUUGUUACGCACACCUCCCCCUUACACGUCCUGUUCAGGUUUUGGCCAAUACUUGACAAGGGGUCUGGGACGAGAAGACGCACCUGUUAUUAAGUGCUUCCUCCCGCCCGUUUCAGCAGCUGGCCAGGCUUUGAGUACUGCUGUUGGGAACUAAACCCAGGGGGAUCCGAGGGAGCUUCAUCCCGGGCGAUCCCCUGAAUCCUCGCGUGGCCCUUGUGUCCUCGUGCUGUGCGGGAGGAAGAAGUGGCUGUCUGACACCACGGACGUACCACCCUUUCCUCUUCCUCAUGUGUGCUGUGACCUCUCAGGGCUCCCUCAGCCAUUCUUUCUCUCCUUCCUGUCUUUCAGUCCUAACCACAUUCAGCUAAGGUGAGGCCCGAGGGUGCUAUUGAAUAUUGAGCCUGAGAAGAAUGAUCUAGACCGAAGCAAAGACAGGCGCACAAGCCUCUGCUGUAGCUUGAAUGUCCUCCGUGUCUUCCCCACAGACCGACCCCCUCUGCCUCUAGAAUCAGACCGGAGUCCACACCGGGGCUGUGGAAAGCACAGAGCCUCCUGGGACCCGGGAGGGAGCCAGCGGCUGAGCUCUGCCACCCGUUCAUUCCUAGGUUAGCUAGAACUUCACCCCAUUUCCGAGUUCUGUAGUGCAUGCAUGAGAGAAAAGAUUUAAGGAGCUUCUUUUCAGAAAGACCAAGUGUCUGUGAUUGAAGGUGGAACGUGUAGUGCCAUCGGGACCGGGAGGAGAACUCUCGCACACACUGGCGCAAGCGUGGGCAUGGGAUUGGCUGGGACCAGAAGAGUGGCAGUGUGGUGACAGCGGGUUAGGAUGCACGGCCAAAUGGGUAAUACCUGCGUAGAAAAGGUAGCAUGUUCUUCA